AUGACGGAUGUCGCAAGCCUCAGCAUCGCCUUGUCCAUCCACGAUAUAUCGGAACAUGGAACCGAUGGAUCGGGACAACAUGGCAAGACUAAUGAUCAAUCCGGCCAGCACAGCGGGCACGACGACCAGUCCAAAUAUGACGAUGGCCAGUGGCACGGCGACCAGAACGGCAAGUUCGAUGACGGCCAAUGGCACGGCGAUCAGCACGACCAAUCCAAACCACAGGAUAGUCAAUGGCAUGACGACCAGAGCGGCCAACAUGACCAAUCUCAACAUGACGAAUCUCAACAUGACCAAUCUCAACAUCACGACGGUCAAUGGCACGACGACCAGAACGGCCAACACGAUCAAUACGGAAGCCUUGGAGACAAAGACGGGCACGACGGACAUCAGCAUCAAGACGGCGACUACGACCAGCAGGGCGAUGGCUGUGGUGGUGAUGAAGAUGAUGAUGAUGAUGGGAGCUCUCAAGAUCUCCCCAAGCUGAAGCAGCACCUGAGCGACGUUGUGAACAAGUACGCCCAGGAUCACGAUGAUGACACCAUGGACGAGAACGACCAACAGGACAAGCUGCAGGAGCACGCAGAGGUCAUCGUGACGGUGACGGAGCAGAUCCUCGAGCAGGAGCCGGACAACUCAGACGCGGCCGAGCUGCACGAAUGGUUCUCGGCCGCGAUCAAGGGCAAGUUCAAGGGCCACCCGGACCUGCCGCACGAGGCGCACAAGAUACGGCACCCGCGCGACAACGACGAGCCGGACGACGACGAAGAUGGAUGCGGAGGUGGCGAAGAACAGGGCGAGGACGGCCAGGGAUACGGUGACGAUGAUGGCCAGUACGGUGAUGAACAGGGACACGGACACCAUCAUGACGGUCAAGAUGGACAGUACGGCGAGGAUGACGGACAACAGUAUGGCGACGAGGGAGACUACGGGGACGAGAGCGGGCAUCAACACGGCGGCGAAGAGGACCACGACGGUAGCCACGAGCAGCACCACGGUGGUGGAGGCUGGUGA